UUUCUCUUUCCUUUUCUCUUUCUUUUUCUUUCUUUCUUUCCUUUCCUUUUCUUUUCUUUUCUUUUUUUUUUUCAAUUACUAAAAACAACAAUGAUUUAUAAUAAUAAAAAUGCAGAAGAAGUUGAAGCAGGAUCUAUUUUGGUUUCUUUAGCAAAUCAAAAUCGAGUAAACAACAAUUAUACAAGUAGAUCAAUGUCUAUCUCAAAUUUACUGGAAGACUGUGAUAUCGAAUCAAAAAAUUAUCAUUAUUCUACAAAAUCAUCACAAGAUCAUGUAGAUUAUCAUAGGAAUAUUAAACCAUCAUCUGAGAACCAUUCGACAUAUUUGACGCCAUUCCAAAAAUUGGACAAUAAUAAGACGUCCAUCGUGGUAUCUAAACCUCCAUUAAGAUCAGACUAUACAGCAACAAAAACUGCAUUUAUCAAGCAAUCACACUAUAAGCAACAUCCUAAAAUAAGACGAAAUGCACUUCAAGCCUAUAUCAGUUACAUGACUUAUACAGAUCUUACUCAAAGACAGAAAAAGACAAUGCUACAAAAUAUACACCAACAAAUGAGCCAUCAUCCUACCUCUUCUCAUAAUAGAUUAAUGAGUCCUGAAGAAAGCACGAAUACAACGAAAUUUUCAGAAACCUUAAUUGUUGAGCAACCACUGACUGCCUUCUUGCAUCAUCAGCCUUUAUCAUCACUUUAUCAAGCAAAAUAAUAUGCUAUUCUAAAUUAUUAUACUACAGAAUAAAAUAAAAUAAAAUAAUUUACAUAUAACAAA